UGACGCGUGAGUGAAAUUGUAAAUAACAAAACGUUUGGAAUUUUGUGUGUACAAGUGGUAUUUAAUUGCGUUCUGUAUAAAAUUUACUAGUAGCUAAACUGCAAAGUAUGUCUUAUCAAUUAUACAGAAACACCACUCUCGGGCAUACCCUUCAAGAGAGUUUAGAUGAAUUAAUUCAAUACGGUCAAAUCACCCCGCAAUUGGCUUGCAAAGUCCUGCUCCAAUUCGACAAGUCGAUCAAUCAAACUUUGGCCACACGAAUAAAGGCCAGGAUAACGUUUAAGGCCGGCAAACUGAACACCUACAGGUUUUGCGAUAAUGUCUGGACUUUCAUGCUAAACGAUGUCGAAUUUCGAGAAGUACAAGAGAUAACUAAGAUCGAUAAAGUGAAAAUUGUAGCAUGCGAUGGUAAAAAUGUUAACGAAGAGGGCAGUUCGAGGAAGUAGGUGUAGGCGUAAAAUUGUGUAUAAAUAUUGGUUUUUUUUUAAGUGAUAAGGUUUCUUGAUAUGUUUGUAAAUGGUACAAUUUCGUAAAAU